UUUUUUUUUUUGUUAUUUUAUGAAAUUUUCCUUUGGAAUGAAUGGAUAAGUAGAAAAAGAUAUUGAAAAGCAUUAUUAUUAUCAUCAUUAAGUGUGGAACUGGAGGCGGUGAUGAUGGUAUUGAAGUUGAGGCAACGGGUACCGGCGUUGGGAAGCUUGGUGGUAGCAUGUUCGUUGUUGGCUGUGUCGGUGCAGAUAAUGUUAUUAUGUCCCAUAUCCCCAGACCCAGUUAUUGAAUUGCCUUCAUCCUUUCCAGCAGCUGGCCUAAACAAGGAGCUGCAGAAAUUAAGUAAAUUGGGAGAGGGGUUUGUGAAGGAUGCGGAAGAUGUUUGUGUGGAUGAAUCAGCAGGUAUUGUGUAUGCCGCUUCCAGAGACGGGUGGAUCAAGAGACUACAUCCCAACGGAUCUUUGGAGAACUGGAAGAACACCCACUCCCAAACUCUGCUUGGACUCACUCCAUCCCCAUCCAUCCAACAACGGGGAAUCCUCGUUUGUGAUGCUCAAAAGGGCAUCCUUAAAGUGAACGAAGAUGGAUGUUCCGUCCUUGUUUCUUCACAUGUAAACCAAACCAAAAUGAUAAGCUUUCCAGACGAUGUGGUGGAGGCGGCGGAUGGCAGCAUUUACUUGAGCGAUGCAAGCUCCAAAUUUGGACUCCAUAAUUGGUACUUGGAUUUUCUGGAAGCAAAACCUCACGGUCGCCUCCUUAAGUACGACCCUUCCUCACAACGGAUAUCCACCCUUCUCGACAAUCUCUAUUUCGCAAACGGCGUUGCUCUCUCCGCAGACCAACGUUAUGUGGUCGUCUGUGAAUCUUUCAAAUAUAGAUGUGUCAAGUAUUGGCUCAAGGGACAGAAACGAGGGGAAACCGAAAUAUUCAUAGACAAUCUUCCGGGAGCGCCUGACAACAUAAACCUCGCUCCAGACGGCUCCUUUUGGAUCGCUCUCAUCCAGCCGGUUCGUGAUGGGUGGGAGUUGUUUGUGAGGUCUAAGAUGGCGAGGCACAUUCUCGCCACUUUUCCCAAUGUGUGUGACCUGCUUGUCAAUGGCGUACGCCGGAGAGCAACGGUGGUCAAAGUGGGUGAGGAUGGGAGGAUACUUAGGAAACUCGACGAUCCUGAUGGGAAGGUUAUUUCCUUCCUCACAAGCGCUGUGGAGUUUCAGGAUCAUCUUUACUUGGGAAGUCUCAACGCCCACUUCCUCGGCAAAUUGCCUUUAACGGACACGUGACCUCAUCUAUGUGCACUCUCUCUCUCUUUGCUGAACUACCAAAUUUUUAAAUAACCUUUAAUUAUGCAUCUCAUUAGUAUCCUUUUUGUUUAAUUACAAAUGCAAUUCUCUUGGACAGUGUCCAUUUGAUCUCUAUGAUUUUGAAUCAUAAAAGUUUCAACGUAGUCUAUUAUUAUUAUUAUUAUUAUUAUCAUUUUAA